UCAGAUCAGACUGAAAAAAAGGGCAGUGGAACAGGCAGAAAGCAGCCCAGCAGACUCUGCACAUUGACUAGUUGGAGCAGUGAGCAGCACCUGAGCGGCGUCAGGCAUCUGCUACCUGUUGAGUUUAUUGUGGAAGCAGACAGGAGAGACUAAUUCUUCAAGGAGAAGCAUCAAAAGAGCAGUUCUGGACCUUAGACUAAUUGAUUUAAGUGCUGUCCUUGCAGCUUUUUGAAACAUUUUUUUUAAGGAAACUGAUUUCUUUGGAUCUUGCACCACUUUGUUGCAUCCUGGAACUUCUUCUCAGUGUAAAAACCAGCAGGAGGGAAAAAAGAGAACUUAACCAUCCAUCUCCAGCGGCUCGCACAGCCCACCCUCUCUGCUUUGGACACCCCUCCUCUCUCUUUCUCUUUCUCACUUUCUUCUCCUCUUUUGCCCCCUGUGCCCUCCCUCAAUCACCUCACCUCCCCCCCAACAGAGCAGAAAGCGUGAAAAAUCUCACUAAUGGCUUUAUUUGCUGUCAGUUCUGUGCCUCUCUGUCAUUCCCCUGGACCAUUCUGCUUCACACAUUUCAUAGUUGAGUAAGCCUCCUCGACUGUCUGGCUUGACUUAGCGUGCCCCUGCAAAGGCUGUGCUGGCUUGGAGCUCAUCAAGAGGGGAGGAAACACAGCAGCACCACUCAGUCUGAGAACUUUGUGGACAAGGACAUUCAGAAACUUAAUUCCUCACGUGUUUUUUUUUAGCCUUUAGCAUUUUCACCUUCUGUCAAAAAACACUUCUGGUCCUCAACUUCUCUGCAAGAUUUCCCUCAGGUGCCUUGGUGCUGAUUUGAAGUGUAAAGAUGAGGUGUGGAUGUGGCCCUCUGGCAGUGGUGGCUGCCGUGUUUUGGACUCAGUGCAUUCUUCUGGACGGGGUGGAAGCCAGGAAGGAGCGAAAGAGGCCAAAGGAGGCUGCGCCGCAACACACAGAAUCGUACAAUGUGACUCUGUCCAACAGUGAGGAGGUCAGCGGAGGCAUCAAGACUUCUGAUCACCAACGGGUGGAUCCACUAGGGUCAUGGAUGGAUUUUGUCAAGCGUCCAGUUGGAAACCUCCCCAGAAAGUGCCGCAAACGAAGACCAGCUCUGCCUGGACCACCAGGUCCUCCAGGUCCCCCAGGCCCUCAAGGACCUCCUGGGUUUCCAGGGGCUGAAGUGACCCAGGAAGUUCUUUUGCAGGAGUUCAAAGACAUGAUUAAAGAGGCUACAGAAAGGAGGGCAGCAGCACUUGACAGGCAAACAAGCCCCAGCCAGCAACCUACAGCCCUCCUGACACUGGAGGGAAUGGCCUCCCACCGCCGAAUACAAGAAGCUUUCCACUGCAAGCUCAAGGGACCUGUGGUGGUGGACAAGAAGACGCUGGUGGAGCUCCAGAACUUUCAGACACCGCCUGCUAAAGGAGCUUUUCUCAGGGGAAAAGGAAUGGACCAGUCAACAGGGAGGUUCACAGCCCAAAUCACUGGGAUAUACCAGUUUUCUGCUAAUGUCCACAUCGAUCACAAUGAGGUGAAAAGGAGCAAAAGUCAGCUUAAAGCCAGAGACAACGUCCGUGUGUUGAUCUGCAUCGAAUCACUUUGCCACAGAUACACUUCACUUGAAAUGAUUGUUGGAUUAGAAAGCAACAGCAAGAUAUUCACUGUGAGUGUUCAGGGUCUGCUGGAACUACAGGUUGGCCAAUACACUUCCAUAUAUGUGGAUAACGCAGCUGGUGCUUCCAUUACAAUACAAAGCGGUUCGGAUUUCAUGGGCAUACUGCUUGGUGAAUAGCCUCAUACUGGAAAAGGGCAUCCCCAAGCCAUCCACUGGUGUCUUAUGGUUCUUUGUAUCUUUGAAUGAACUGCCUCUUAAAACCAUGACACAAGACAAAAACCACAAGGGACUUUUGAAGGAAAGAUGAAUGGCUAAUAUUGACUUUACCGCCCAUCAGAUGGUGAAAGGACACUGUGAAGAACUUCAAAGCUGAGUUUGUUUUUCACAAUGCACUGCCACUUCCAUGGGGAACCUGGAUGCAUGCUGCCUCACUAUGAAAUAACCUGAACAUGAAAUGGAGAUUAUGUUUGCGUCAAUAUAUUCUUAAGGCUUUUUAAGACCUUUGCAGUAAACCAAACAUUACUCUUGUUCACUGUUGUUGGUGGAAAAGCUAAAGAACAUGAAAUAUCACAGUCAUCUGUUUAAUAUAUAUUGAUAUGUAAUUGUUUUGUCUACAGUAUUUGUCAUUUACACACUUGUGAGAUGGUAUUUUUUUGGGAUUUAAAUUCACAAUUUUAUAUAAAUAUAUGUAUAUUAUAGUGCAUAGACUCUGUGAGUACACUGGAUGAUUGAUGCUGGAUAGGCCUCAUAAUUUGGCAUCAUACAGGCAUGAGAAAAACUAAGUACACCCAUAUAAUUCAAUAGCUUGCAGAACCCCGUAUUUCUUGUAAUUGAAAAGCUAGAAGCAGCAAUAAUUAAGUUUUUUUUCACGUAUUGCCACUUUGUCCACUCUGCUUUAUAACAUUUCUUCAGUCUGUUGAGUUUUGUGGCCAAUCAUUUAUACCUGAAGGCCCUGCAGUUUUGAUGCCUUGAUCACUUUCUUUUUCAGGUCUUCUGUAGUUGUGUUUGAGAGCAUUUGCAUGUUAAUGUGUCAGAGAGAUGGUUUAACAUUUGGCUGCAAAAUAUUUUGGCAUUGAGAAGAGUUCAUGGUCAGAUUAAUAUCUGCGAAGUUCCUAGUUCAUGCAGAAAAAGCCCAAAACAUCACACUCCCACUACCAUGCUUAACAUUUUCAGUUAACCCAGAUAUUGGCCAUUGCAACACAUCAGUCUUUUCCAUUUAGCUUAACAUAGCCUUGUAGUUUUGGCCAUGGCAGUGACUUUUUAUACAUCUUUUGCAAUCACAGAAAAUACUCAGAAACUACUGAAAGGAUUAUGAAGUUAGCCCCCCGGCAACAUUUUCUAAAAGAUAUUAGUUAGUACUUAUCCAUAUAUUAUGAGGUUGUGCAUAAUAUACCUCAGAAGACAGGCUAUUUAGCGGAUAAUAACUCAUGCUAACAUAAUAAACUUUUAUAGGGCUAUUGUGUUAGCAAAACUUCUGAGUUCCAUGUCAGAAUAAUGAAUAUGAUUAUUGGUUUCAUACUAAUUAUGAAAAUCCAAUACGGCUGCUGUGCAUACAAAAUAAAUUAUGGUUCUAAUUGUACAUCACCAAACGUCCUGUCCUCCACUCCAGGUGGACACACAGAACAGCAAUAACUAGACACUGCUACUGAAAUGGUGUCACGUUUUUUUUUUUUAUAUGAAACAGGUUUAUGGGCUGCUGUGAACAGUAUGAAUAAGACACAAUCAAAUGAGGUGAGGCCAUUUACCAGUAAUGAUCUAAAACAGAGACGUUCAAGCAAAGGAAUUAUCAAAAAUAAUCUGGUGGGUAAUAAUACUUUCUCCAAUUGCUUGUUGCUAUG